GCACAAUCAAAAUGUCCCAGAAACCACAAAUCCUCAGUUCCGAGCCGCUAGAAAACAGCGAGGCGAAGUGGGUCGCCCUCCGGCGUAUUCGGUGGCAGGACGAGGACGGCCAAGAACGGAUAUGGGAGGCGGCGGAGCGUAAGACCCGGGGGAGUGGGGGUGUAGAUGCCGUGGCGAUCCUUGCGCUCCUCCAGGCUGAAGGACAGAAAACGAGCACAGUGAUCAUCGAGCAGUACCGGCCUCCGCUCGCACAGACGUGUAUCGAGUUUCCGGCGGGCCUGAUCGAUGGUGACGAGACGGCUGAGGAGGCGGCGAUAAGAGAGCUGAGAGAGGAAACGGGCUACCAAGCACAGGAAGUGGUCGAUUCCAGCCCACUAAUGUGGUGCGACCCCGGGAUGUCGACGGCGAACAUGAAGGUCGUCACUCUCCGCGUGCCUGUAUCGGACAUGACGAGCAUGCCGAAACAGCAGCUAGAUCCGGGCGAGCAUAUUGUUCGCAGAGUUGUUGAGCUCGAGAAGCUGUAUAACGAGUUGAAAGCGUAUGAAGACAGGGGAUUUACGGUUGAUGCCCGGCUGGCAAAUUUCGCUAUGGGGAUGGCAUUGGCCAAGAGGAUGGGGUUGUGA